AGGUACAGUAGUCCAUAGUGCAAUCCGUGCCAUUCAGCAAGAGCACGUUAAGAGAGAUAAGUUAACGUUAACCACCAUGAGCAACGCAGGUUUACCUUCAGUGACACUAAAACUCUGUAAACUUGAUUUUUUUCUCACAGUAAUUUUAAUUUUUGGUGAACUAUGCAAACACAUUUGGAUUGAAGCAGCAAAUAUUCAGUGUAAGAGUAAACAAAUGACAUUAUUUAAUAUUUGAAUCACAGCUUAUAUAGUGUUUUGACAUCGACAACCCAAGUGCAUUUUACCUCAAACUUGCGUCUAGUUAACGUGCUGCAGUUGCAAUCGCUUCUCGCGUCGACAUUAACACGCUGACAAAGUUAUAUUCAGAAUUAAAAAUAUUUUUAUACCACUUUUUAAUGUGUGUUCGUGUAAAGGUGUUCACGAGAUACCAACCUUUAGCGAACUUGCUUUCAAAGUCGAACACUCGUUCUCAUGGAGACGCGGUGCAAAAUGCAGCUAAACGUUAUUUGCUCUAUGAAAGACAUUGAUAAAGACGAAAACUAAGGACAUUUAAUCUAUAAUUUUAUUUUAUUUUAGUUAGUUUUGCCAAACACACAUUACAGUUUUAGUUAGUUAUCGUUUUUUUGUAAUGCCUCGUUUUUAUUUUAUUUCAGUUAACGACAAUGUUUUUUUCUCACCUAGUUUUCGUUUUUUCGUUAGUUUUCGUUAACGAUUAUAACCUUGGUUCAUACAGAACAGAAAAGAGGAUUUUUUAAAAAAAAAUUUGAGUUCUGGAUUUUUAGAAUACCGUGUCAUGCAUGAGACAAAAGUGUCAUGCACGAGACAAAAACAUCCAUCUUGCACAUCUACAUAGAAAAACAAUGGAAAAGUAGUGCAGUGGUAUGUAAAAAAAAAAUUAAAUAAAAAAAUGUUCUGUGUGAACAGACCUAUGAGUGAAUAUUCUUUAUAUAUUUACCUUUUACCAAAAAUUAUUGUAGGCCUACUGUUCCCCAACGUAAAUUGUAAAGUACAACGUUAACAUUAAACACAUCCUUGCUACUACAACAGCAGCAGCAAAAUUUUGAACAUGGUACUUUUUAACCAUGGUACUUAUUAUGUAUGAAUCAAAAUAAACUCCUGCCUUUGUCCUCAAGUCUCUAGGGAGAAAGAUUGAUCCAACAAAUAAAGUCCCAAUCUCAAGAGAAUGAACUAGUAUAAAUUUGUCUGAUCGCUGGCAGAAUGAGAUGCUUGAGCCAGACUGAAGAAGUUUAUCACAGGUCACAAAAAGCCAGACAACAGCUUUCACGAGCAUCAUGCAGUCAAACUCAUCUGCAAAUGUGACCUUUGUUCGUCCUGCAACAUUUUUCAUCAACGGCUUUUUUAAUGUCCCACAUGCAAAAUACUACUAUGUGUUCUUGUCUUUGGUGUAUGUUGUGACUGUUUUAGGGAAUUCAUUUAUCAUGUGUAUCAUUUAUUUGGCCCGCAGACUUCACACAGCCAAAUACAUUAGUGUUUUCCAUCUGGCCCUUACUGAUCUGUGUGGAAGCUCGGCUUUGAUUCCAAAAGUCAUAGACACAUUUUUAUUCGAGCAUCAGGACAUCUCAUAUGAAGCGUGCUUGACAUAUAUGUUUUUUGUGUAUCAUUUCAUGAAUCUGCAGUCUUUGACACUACUUGUCUUGUCUUAUGACAGAGUGGUUGCUAUUUGUUUUCCUCUACGGUAUCAUGCCAUUGUAACCAAAACAGCCAUGUUUCUGAUCAUAGGCGUUAUGUGGAUUUUUUCUGUGACAUUUUUUUCUGUACUUGUAGGAUCUGUGAAUAGACUUUCUUUUUGUGGAUCUAAUGUGCUUGAUAGUUAUUUUUGUGAUUAUGGCCCUAUCUAUAGAAUAGCCUGCAAUGAUAUUUCUGUAAAUCUUUUGUUAGGUAAAAUUUGCUAUAGUCUCUUGAUUUUUACACCACUAAUUUUGAUCUUCAUCUCAUAUUUCUGCAUUGCUUUAGUUUUGUUUAAAAUUCCCCAUGGUGUUGACCGGAUCAAAUCCAUAAAAACCUGCACUUCACAUCUCAUGUUGGUGGCAAUUUUUUAUAUCCCAAUUUUAAGCAAUAAUGUUGCAUCUAUCAUAGCACCUUUGCAUCCAAACGCCCGGAUAAUUAACAAUUCUCUCACUCAGACAAUACCACCUAUGCUGAAUCCCAUCAUAUACACUCUAAAGACAGAGGAGGUCAUGCAAUCCAUUAAAGAACUGUACAAACGAAGCAGGGUGAGCACAACUCAGGAAAAAAACAUGAAAUGCAGUAGGAGAAAUUAAAAAUAAUAAUUACAGGUUUAAUCUCACUGCAUAUUAGCUGUGAUCAUUUAGAAAUUUUGUUGUUAACAGGCCAAAUAUUUUCAAAACCAAAUACAGCUGCUUUGUGAUUUCCCUCUUUUGUUAAAAAAAAAAAAAAAAAAAUCAUUUAAUGAUGUUAGGUAACAUUAAGUCAAAAGAAAAGAACCCAUUAAAUUUGCUUUAAAUAUAACAACUGUUUUAUAAAUGCUUUCUGAAUAAUUGUUUGCUGUAUUCAUGCACAUCUAUUGGACAUUGGACAUUUUUUUGUUCCUAUAUGGAUAAUAUGUGUAAUAUGCCUAUAGUUUUAUGCAUUCACUAAUUCUCACCAUUCUCACAUAUGAUUCCAUACCAUGUAAUGCAGGCAUAUGCUUCAGUGAACUAAACUCAUUAAACAUAAUCCUUAAAUUAGACUUCCAUCCUAUUAAAUAACACAAUGACAUACCAGACCAGACAUUACAAUGUUUACAUGCCAAAAAAGCAGAAUACAGCAUACAGGCCUUAUGACAUACACCCUAAUGUAUUUUUAAACAAAAAUACUAAGUUUUCUAAGAUAUGCUAAUGCUGUCUAAAAAAAUAUAAUACAACAUUUGAAUCUACCACAUGCAGUGUGAAUGCAGUUUUUAGCUCUGGUUAGAGUUUUUGUCUUGAUGAAACAUGUCUAUUAAAUAGUGUCAAUAGUGAGCUUGGUUACCUCAGCUUUAAAACAAGAUACAAUUAAAAAGAUAAAUAUCACACACUCAUCUUCGCAAGUAAGUGCUUUUCACAAUUUAGUCUGAAUGGUUCUGCACUGUCAGUAUCAGUAGAAUAUCUAUUUGAACGCUCUUCGUCAUGAAAUAUCAAACAGCUUCACACGAGCCAUGCAGGAUGAACAGCACGAGAACAGCAUGAUUUAGCAACAGGAAAGGUUAGGCCUGAUGGCUGAAAAGCACUACAAGUUUACUCAUGGCUAUAGACCUUAGUUAGGUUAGAUGCCAUAUUGAAUUGAAAAAGAGGCAGCAAGGGAUAGACUUACAGUCUUUAAAAUGGCACACACACAAGGUCCUAUAUCACAUAAUUGCUGGGGAGGCGCCUCCAUCUUAAGAGGAUCACUCUCUGCUACUAGGGGCUUUCACACCGAAUAGUUCUAGGAACUAGCUAGGAUAGUUCCCUGAGAACUAAUUUCUCCCCCAGGCCAUGUUCCUGUUGCAUUCACACCGGGAAGAGGAACUGUGAAGUGACCGACAGUGGCAUCUUUAAGCACGCCAUUUACAAACACUAAAAACUGGUGGAUGGAGGACACGGUGAUCAGAGCUGUGUUUGUUGUGUGUCCUGGGUUUCGUGAUAACGGAGAUGGAAUGUAAACGCAUAAUUUACUUGACUGAAAAAGCAAAAAUUGGGGCUAAGAGACUAAAUCACCUACGACAACUUUCAGUAUUACAUAUUAUCGAGGCGGAGAAAAGAACACAACCCUGCAGAUAACAAGUAAAUGCCGUAAUCACUGUUUUCCAUGUUCGUGAAGUAAAUAUGUUUACACAGCCUUUUAAAAAUGCCAGGUGCCGGUGUUUGACAUGCGGUUGACCAAUCAAUGUACACUUAUGUCACUGAUAGUUCCUAUAGUGCUGGUUUAGAUCCUACUCUGAAGUAGGAGCUAAUUUAGUUCCCCCAAAAGGAGUUCCUAGAACUAAAAUCAUUCCUAGUUCCUGUGGUGCGAACACGGCAAAAUCCGAGUACUUAAGCCAAUAGUUCUAGGAA